AUGGAUCAGGAUGACAAGAUUGCGAAGAAAGGUCGCAACAAGAUCAAAAUAGCCCCAAUUGCUAACAGCAAGGCGAGAUCUACCACCUUUUCCAAACGUCGCUUUGGGCUCUUUAAGAAGGCCUAUGAAUUGAGCGACCUAACCCGCAGCCAUGUCAAGAUCCUCGUCAUCACCGACAAGGGUUGUCUCUACGAGUAUGCCAGUCCGUGUUUCGAAUCCAAAUUAAAAAGUGUAAAAAAGGUCGUUCCAAUGAUGACAAAUGAGAGGAUUUUGAAGGUCUCACAAACACUGAAUGGCUCCGGCUUAUAG